AGUAAACAUGUGCAGCCGGGAAACGAUACAGCAUUCAGUUUUUAAGAAUAGAAUAUAAAUUAUAAAAUAAAAUGUUGACUUGAACAUCUAAAAUGCCUUUCUAUUUUUUUCUCACAUUCAACUUUAUUGUUUAACUCUGUAUUUAACCAACCAUGAGACUGAAAAUGUUUUUAAGGGCAUAUCGAGUUCGAGCUUUGGGAUCUUUCACCAGUUUUGCUGCAUUUAGCUUCCAUGUUCCUGUUGCUCUGAAUAAAUUGGUAGAAAGAAAAUCUGUAGCUAUGAAUGACUUUAAUCAAGAUCUCACAUGGCUUGCAGAAUAUUGCCCAGAAUUCUGCAUUUCAAGCAAAAAUAUAAAAGUUCUCAAGGAACCCUCAGAGUUCUUUGAAAAAAUAAAAGAGCUGUCUAGAAAUUCUACUAAACGAAUCACAUUAGCUUCAUUAUAUAUUGGUACUGGCCCUCUAGAAAAAGAAUUAAUUGCAGCUGUAAAUGAAGGCCUUCAAAAAUCUCAAGGAAAUCUGCAAGUUAAAAUUUUAAUAGAUUAUACUCGAGGUUCUAGAGGAUCAGAAAACUCGCGGACAUUACUUGUACCCCUCAUUAAGGAUUACCCUUCACAAGUAGAAGUAUCAUUGUAUCAUACUCCAAAACUCAGGGGCUUCAUCAAAUGGUUUUUGCCUGAAAGGUGGAAUGAAACAAUUGGUUUAUCUCAUUUAAAAGUCUAUCUAUUUGAUGAUACCUUAAUAUUAAGUGGCGCCAAUUUAAGUGACCAAUACUUCUGUAAUCGUCAAGACCGUUAUAUCAUCUUUUAUAACUGCAAAGAGCUUUGUGAUUAUUUUGAUCAUGUUGUACAAACUGUGUCAUCAUUUUCAUUUCUUCUUAUGCCAAACAAUACAGUUAUGUUACAUCCUGAGUGGAACAUCCAUCCAUCCGAAGGAAAUUUUAAAGAAUAUGUUUCUAAAGCUCAGAAAUCACUGCAAAACCUCAUAAACACUGCAAAAGCAAGAAAUAUGCAUAAUGAACUGGGUAACAAAAACAUGACACAAGCUGAUACUUUUGUAUAUCCUUUGCUUCAAAUGUACACAUUUGGAAUCAGGCAAGAUGAGCAAGUGACAGAAAAAUUUCUUCGACUAGCUGAACCAAAUUCAUGCAUCAAAUUGGCAUCAGGAUAUUUUAAUUUAACUAAUCAUUACAUGAACAUCAUUUUAAAGUCAUCCAAAGCGUUUUUCAGUUUAUUAGUAGCUUCACCUAAGGUGAAUGGUUUCUAUGGUGCCAAGGGUGUGUCAGGUGCUAUUCCAAGUGCAUAUACCCAAAUUGCUAAGACUUUCUUUUCUAAGGUUUUGAGUUACCGUCAGCAGGACAGAAUCAAACUUUGUGAAUAUGAGAGGCCUUCAUGGACUUUUCAUGUAAAGGGCUUGUGGUACUAUAAGCCAAAUGCUAGUUUACCUUCAGCUACUUUCAUUGGUUCACCAAAUUUUGGUUAUCGAUCUGUGUAUAAAGAUUUAGAAGCUCAAGUUGCUAUUGUAACAGAAAAUAGAGAACUACAGAUGCAACUACACAAUGAACAGCAGGGAUUUUAUGAUCGCACUACCAUAAUUGAAAAAGAAUUAUUUGAUCGGCCUGAUCGGAAAGUUCCUCUCUGGGUGAAAUUAGUGGCCUUCUUCAUGAGAGAUUUCUUUUGAUUUCUGAAUGUUCCAUUUAAGCUGCAUAGAAUGAAUAUUUUUAAGGGGAUUGUAAAAAUUUUGUUAAAAGUUGAUCUUCAAAUAUUUUAUUCAUAUGACUUAAUUUAUUUUUUAAAAAUUUGUUUGUAUAAAGAACAUUGCAUUUGUGAA